CUGGAGUUUUUGCCCGGAAGUGUAGCAGGUUUUUGGCUGCGCUCAGGCUGCCGUAGCUCAAAAUAAAGCCGCUGCAGCAACAAGACGAAAGUGCCACUAUAUUUUUCCUCUGCCCAUUGUGUGUAAUGGCGUCCCAUACGAAAGACAAAGAAGCUUACCAAAGACUGAACUAUCUUUACCAGGCUGCACAUUGUGUUUUAUCUCAAACGCCGGAAAAUGUGGAGUUGGCUCGUUUCUACUGCUUCACACAAAGGACCAUUGCAAGACGCUUAGUUCUUAGACAAGACCCAUCAGUGAAGAGACAAUUAUGCAAGAAGUGCUGCUCAUUGCUCAUCCCUGGUGUCACUGCUACAACAAGACAACGAAGGAAAAACAGAAAGACUCGCUUUACUGUUGUGAAGUGCCUCAGCUGUGGGCAGAGCAAGACGUUACUGAAUAAUCCAGAUUAUUGUUUAUGGGUAGAUCGUCCCGAGGCUCAGAUGGAGCAACGAAAGCAGCCAGAUCCAGGCCCUUCUCUUAAGAAGCAGCCGAAAGACACAAAGCCUGAUGGGUCAGUCUCUUCUAAACCCAGUGCUGCCCAGAGCUCUGCCAGCACGUAGCAGCAGCUCCCCUCAUCUGACUGUAAAAUAUGAAGGACUGAUUUUUUUUUUUUUUUUUUUUUUUUUUUUAAGAUAUGUGUAACUUUAUUGUGUUACAUAUAUCCAUAAUCUGAGGAAGUAGUUUGAUAUGAUUUGAAUGCCAACUUUUCACCCCUGUAUUUUAGUGAUUUAUUGAUUUGGUUAGUUGUUGGCCUCUGUGAGAUAAUUGUCAGUAUCUUUCUGCAGUGUGUUCAUCUGUUUAUCACAGUGUCAUUUUUAUGCUACCAAUAGAUGGCCUCCAUGUUGUGUCUACACAUGGUGGAUUUCACCAACACUUCUUAGUAUUUUUGUUUGUUUGUUUUUCCCAAAAGAGAAACUUCAUUGAUAUUAGUGAAAACAGCCGACAAGAAUGGAAAACUGUAAUUAAUUUAUUAAUUUUUUUUAUGCUUAAUAUUUUACAUUCUCUGUACAGGCAUGUAACUGUUACUUGAGGUAAAUACCUAUUGACCAUUAACCAUUUCUUGUCAGGUACUUUCCUAAAAGGUUGAUUUUAAAAAAAAAAAAUAAAAUAAAAUAAAAAACUGUA